AAGGAACCUGCCACUGAUGCCACGUGUUUGGUGGCCGCAUGUGUGAUAAGCUGUGCUGGCCGUAGCGUAUAUCAUAAUGUGUGUUGUUGUGCAGGAGAGGGCUGUGAAAGUGAACCGUGGAAUUCUCGCAACAGAGCGCAGUUUCUUGUCCGUACGAAUUCUACCCCGGUGACUCUGGUCGUGUUGUGGCUGCAAACACGGGAGCUAUACGAGAGACUGCGGGUGAACUCACCGUGCGUCUCAACCUUGCUGGCAACACGUACGCGAUGAGAAAAUUACCAGCGGACCACUUUCCGUUGUGUGAAUACAGUACCGAAACGACGGAGAUGGAUAUCAGUUCUUGACGUCCCAACCACGAUAGUCCUUCAGUUGGCAUGUAGCGCUCCCAAGUGCGACAACACUAAUCCGAAGCCGGUUACCCACUGAACACUGAAGACCAACCAUUGAAAAGGUCUGUUUGGAUACUGUGGAGGUGUCUUCGGCGGCGCGGUGACCUUCGUCAUCCUGAAACGGCACAGGUGGACAGAAAGACACUGUUAGCACUGAGCAGAGAAGCUUCAGCGCAAGAAGGAGAGGUCACUUACCUGAUGUUCAGCCAACAGUGGAGCGCAGGAUCCUGUCAAGGAGAAUUCUACAAUGAUCGGUGCAUCAGGCAACACGAAAGGAACUUCUGGACCAUACACGGAAUGUGGCCCUCGAAUAACCACGGUUCUCCAGAGUUCUGCAACCAUACUUUGCCGUACAACGAGACCGCUCUCCAGCCGAUCUACAGCGAGCUUGAACGGUACUGGCCGUCGUACACUUCGAAGGAUUCGAAUUGGUUCUGGAAACACGAGUGGCUAAAACACGGCACCUGCGCCACAGGCAUUCCCGCACUCUCCGGUAUCUCUCAGUAUUUCAACACCACGCUCAACUUUUACUUCCGACACAAUAUUACCAGGUAUCUCGAAGACAGUGACAUCUAUCCCACAGUCGAUCGGACAUACGCGGUUGAAGACAUUGAGCAAGCAUUAACAGACGAUCUCAGAGGUGCCGUGAACUUCGUUUGCAACGAAGGCAGGGAAUACUCAGAGCCACUCCUGGCGGAAAUCAGACUUUGCCUAGACACAGAGCUUCAGCCGACGGACUGCCAGGAAGAACAUUCCCGCUGUGGACGGCACGUAUACUAUCUCCCGUUCGACGUCGAACACAAAGAAGACAUAUGGGACGUUCAUCUGUACUUCGAGCACAAGCAUUAUGUUCUUGAAUGACCUCUCACCUAUUUAUUAAAGGCACAGAAUAGAAUGAGACAA